AUCGGUGCAGCUUGCGGCUAAUUCUGUCGAUUCUAUGCUGAAGGUUUUGCAUUAAUUGUGGAAGACUCUCAUAUUCGGAAAAUUGUAGACGUUUACGCUGAUAGCAAUUUUAAUUUUAUUACAACUUGUAAAACUAAACUCAACCAACAAUGAUGGGCGAUAAAAGCGAUCAAAGUAUCAUGGAUAAAUCCAUGCGUUCGGUAUUUGUCGGAAACAUUCCGUAUGAGGCCACUGAGGAAAAAUUGAAGGAUAUCUUUAGCGAAGUUGGUCCCGUUAUUUCUCUUAAACUCGUAUUCGAUCGUGAAAGCGGCAAACCGAAAGGUUACGGAUUCUGUGAGUAUAAAGAUCAAGAAACGGCACUCAGUGCUAUGCGAAAUCUAAACGGUUACGAAAUAGGCGGACGUGCCUUACGCGUCGAUAAUGCCUGUACGGAAAAGUCACGCAUGGAAAUGGCUGCUUUGCUCCAAGGACCGCAAGUAGAUAAUCCAUACGGUGAUCCAUGCGAUCCCUCACAGGCCCCGGAAGUUAUAACGAAAACGGUAGUAUCACUUCCGCCGGAGCAAAUGUAUGAAUUGAUGAAGCAAAUGAAAAAUUGCAUUCAAAAUAAUCCUAUGGAAGCGAGAGACAUGUUACUAAAGAACCCGCAGUUGGCAUACGCCCUUCUUCAAGCACAAGUAGUUAUGAGAAUUGUUGAUCCUGCAACAGCAGUAACUUUUCUCCACAAACCAAACCAGAUGCCACCACUUUUAACAAAUGAUGCAACGAACAUAUCCCCUUCACAGCAUUCUCCGGCACCACUGCCAGUUCCGGCUCCAAUGCCAGUCCCCCCAGUAGGAGGAUCUACAUCCUUUGGGGCCAGUAUCGGCCAUGACAUUGAUUUGAGAAAUGUAGAUCCUCGUUUGGGUCGUCAGAUAAACUUGGACCAAGACAUGCGUUCUUUGCCAGCAUCUGGACCAGUUGGUGGUGUACCCCAAUCGAUGGAUAACAUUGGUAGUGGUUUUAAUCAACGUGGAGUACCUCCACCGCGUCCAAUUGGUCCGCAACAACAACAACCGCCACCAAAUCAAUUUCCAGUGGAUCCACGUCAGCGUCCAGUUGAUCCUCGUCAAGGCCCGAAAGAUCCACGGCAACAACCCACUGGUUCUGUUGGUCAAGGAGGAAGGCCGGGACAAUCGGUUCCACCUCCAACGUCGGCUGCUGCAGCCAGUGCUGCUGCCGCAGCAUCUUCCAAUGGAAUUCCAAACGAUGCUUCCGACCAAGAGAAGGCAGCACUCAUAAUGCAAGUUUUGCAGCUGUCAGACGAGCAAAUCGCCAUGCUGCCACCAGAGCAACGCACUAGCAUAUUGGUACUAAAAGAGCAGAUCGCUAAGAGUACCCAGCGGUAAAUGGGAUAAUUUUACCAUCUCUAGGAGCACGUUCAAGAGUGUUCUAGUUCUAGAUGCAUAAUUCAUCAGUUAUAAAAUUUGAAUCUGGAAGUUAUAAUAAAUAAAAAAAAUUGACAAAAUCAGUUGCGUGCCUCAGAUGUUAAAAAUUUACAACCGAAUCGAAAUAUCCCCUGAUCAUAGGAAAGACCUGAUCAAGUCGAGACAUCGGGAAACAUGUUUAAAUAUGCGCCUCCUACAACCAUGUUUGUAAAUAUAAAACACUACAAGCAUUAACUUUAUCCAAAUUAAUUUACUGUAAAAUUGUUGGUCAAGAAAUUGGCAGAAACGCACAAUGAUAUUUGUUAUUUUUAUCAAAAUAUUGCUUGAAGUAAAUUAAUCCACUGCGAAAAAUUAGUCAUCAGUUUCAAGCAACAAUAU